UUAACCACUUCCCGUCAGGCCGGUUAUCUACAUAGGCUGGACGGAAGAUGCAUGCAAUCAGCCCUGCUGAUGCGGGUAGACGUUUCUAAAGUCCCCCCGCAUCCAUUGCCUGUGCGCGCUACCUGGGAGUGCGCGGCACUGCGACCAGUGCCCACUGUCCGGAGAAGGUCUCUGUGUGAGGUCCCGGUUCAUGUGAUCACUGAUGGCCAAUCAUUGAUCACAUGAAUAGUAGUAGUAAACAAGAUGUCACUUCCCGACAUCAUUGCUUACUACUUGUGAAAACUGUGAAUGAUCACAGAGGUCACAUGGUACAAGGCUACUCACAACACCCUUGUACCAUGUAACAAGCUAUGACCAAUCACAGCUCUCACAGUA